AUGGGCGGGCGCACGGGGGGCGGCGCGGCUACAUGUUGCGGUGUCGCCAACGUGGGUCCGCGACGAGCGGCGCUCGGGCCGGGCGGCAGCGGCUCCGACCCCGCGGGAGCGCACCGGGACCGGCCGGCGCCCGCCGAGCCCGAGCCGUGCGGCGCGGAGCGGGAGGCGCUUCCCGCGGCGAGGGACGCGGACUCGACCCGCCCGGCGGCGCCCGGUGGAUGCCGGCGCCGUAGCGCCCCGCGGGGCCGGCGGCCGAGGCGAUGCUGCGGGCGGCGGAGCGGCGCUGAGCGCCCGCGGCGGAAGCGCUCCCGCCGCCUCCUCCCGCCGCGGACGUUCCCCGGUGCCGGAUACAAAAUGGCGCUGCCGUCACGGGCGGCGGCGGCGCUGCUGCUGCUGGGGCUGCUGGGCUCGGCCGCCGCCGGCUGCCCCGCGGGCUGCGCCUGCGGCGGGGACACGCUGAGCUGCGGCGGGCUGGCGCUGCCCGCCCUGCCCCGGGACCUGCCCCGCUGGCCGCGGCACGUAAACCUGAGCUACAACAAGUUGACAGAGAUUGAUCCUUCUGCCUUUGCAGAGCUGUCGAACCUGCAGGAAGUGCGACUGGACAACAACGAGCUGAGUGCCAUUCCCUCCCUGGGAUCUGCUGCUUCCAGCGUCCGCUCCCUGCACCUGCAUCACAACAGGAUCCGCAGCAUUGAAGCCAGUCAACUGCAGCCCUACGUUACCCUGGAAACGUUGGACCUGAGUUUCAAUGACAUCACGGAAAUCCGAAACGGCUGCUUUCCACAGGGACUUCACAUAAAGGAGCUCUACCUGGGGAGCAACAGAAUCAGCACCCUGGAGCCUGGAGCUUUUGAUAGCCUGUCACGGUCCCUGCUAACACUUCGUCUGAGUAAAAACAGGAUCACUCAGCUUCCUGUCAAGGCAUUCAGGCUGCCCAGGCUAAUACAACUGGAGCUGAACCGAAAUCGCAUCCGCCUGAUUGAAGGCCUGACGUUCCAGGGACUGGACAGCUUGGAAGUCCUGAAACUCCAGCGCAACAACAUCAGCAAACUGACUGAUGGGGCUUUCUGGGGUCUAGCCAAAAUGCAAGUUCUCCACCUGGAAUAUAACAGCCUGACAGAAGUGAACAGUGGCUCUCUCUAUGGCCUUUCCUCUCUGCACCAGCUUCACCUCAGCAACAACUCCAUAUCCCGCAUCAACCCCGAUGGCUGGAGCUUCUGCCAGAAGCUGCACGAGCUGAUUCUCUCCUACAACAACCUAACGAGGCUGGACGAGGGAAGCCUGGCAGACCUUGGGGGACUGCACGUGCUACGGCUGAGCCACAAUUCCAUCAAUCAUAUUGCAGAAGGUGCUUUCAGGGGACUCAAAAACCUCCGUGUCCUGGAACUGGACCACAACGACAUCUCGGGCACAAUAGAAGAUACCAAUGGAGCCUUUACAGGCCUGGAAAACCUGAGCAAGCUAACUCUGUUUGGAAACAAGAUCAAGUCGGUGGCCAAGAAAGCGUUCUCAGGGUUGGAGGCUCUGGAGCACCUGAACCUCGGGGACAACGCCAUCCGCUCCAUCCAAGCCGAUGCCUUUGCCCGGAUGAGGAGCCUGCGGCAGCUCCACAUUAACAGCGACAGCUUCCUCUGCGACUGCCAGCUGAAGUGGCUGCCCCAGUGGUUAGUGGAGAAGGAGCUGCAGUCCUUUGUGGUGGCCACCUGUGCCCAUCCUGAGUCACUGAAAAGCAAGAGCAUUUUUGCCAUCCAGCCAGAGAGUUUUGUGUGUGACGAUUUCCCCAAGCCACAGAUCAUCAUCCAGCCCGAGACGACGGUGGCCGUCCUUGGCAAGGACAUCCGCUUCACCUGCCUGGCCGCCAGCAGCAGCAGCUCCCCCAUGAUGUUUGCCUGGAAGAAGGACAACGAGAUGCUGCACAACGCCGAGAUCGAGAACUUCGCGCAUGUGCGGGCCAAGGACGGGGAGGUGAUGGAGUGCACCACCAUCCUGCACCUGCGGCACGUCACCUUCGCGCACGAGGGCCGCUACCAGUGCGUCAUCACCAACCACUUCGGCUCCACCUACUCCAACAAGGCUCGCCUCACCGUUAACGUGCUCCCAUCGUUUAUCAAGACUCCCCACGACAUCACGAGCCGGACGGGGACGACGGCGCGCUUGGAGUGCGCGGCCGAGGGCCACCCCACGCCCCAGAUCGCCUGGCAGAAGGACGGCGGCACCGACUUCCCCGCGGCCCGCGAGCGCCGCAUGCACGUCAUGCCCGACGACGACGUCUUCUUCAUCACCGACGUCAAGAUCGAGGACAUGGGCGUCUACAGCUGCACGGCUCAGAACUCUGCGGGCUCCGUGCUCGCCAAUGCCACCCUCACCGUGCUGGAGACUCCGUCUUUGCUCCAUCCGCUGGAAGAUCACGUGGUGUCCGUCGGCGAGACCGUGGCUCUCCAGUGCAAAGCCACGGGGAGCCCCCCGCCCCGCAUCACCUGGCUGAAAGGUGACCAGCCCCUGGUGGUGACAGAAAGGCACCACUUCACCUCGGGCAACCAGCUGCUGAUCGUCAGGAACGUGGUGCUGGAGGACGCGGGGAAGUACACGUGUGAGAUGUCCAACACGCUGGGCACGGAGCGCGCGCACAGCCACGUCAGCAUCCUGCAGUCGCUGGGCUGCCGCAAGGACCGCACCACCGUGGGCAUCAUCACCAUCGCCGUGGUCUGCAGCAUCGUGCUCACCUCCCUGGUCUGGGUCUGCAUCAUCUACCAGACCAGGAAGAAGAGUGAAGAGUACAGUGUCACCAACACAGAUGAGACCAUUGUGCCUCCUGAUGUGCCAAGCUACUUGUCCUCCCAAGGAACCCUCUCGGAGCGCCAGGAAGUGGCCAUUGGAGUGGACACCCAGCAGCCCAACGGGCACAUCGACAGCAACGGGAUGUGUCAGGCCGAUGCUGGAAGGUGUCCAGAUGUUGAAGCUCCUGCUGUAGGUUGUAGACAGCCCAAGCUGUGCAUCAGCUAUAAUAAAGACACUUGGAAAACGGAGGACAUGGCCGAUGGAAUGCUUGUUCCAGAUAAGACAGGCUACGGGCUGCCCGUGGCGUGCACGGAGUGCAGCGGCAGCACGGACAGCGUGAACGCGCACGCGUCCCCCAAGGACUCCGAGUGCUGCCCCGAGAGCCUAAAGACUGUGGAAAAGCCCCACCCCAAUGCACUGAGCAGCAAGGAGCGCCACAGGAAGAGGGGUGCAGGCACCGGCCUUCUUCGUGCUCAGCCCUGCAACGGGAUUGCCAGCGGCAAGAGGGUGGAGACAGACGGGACCCUCUACCCCAGCAACCACGACAGGAUAAGGCCGGGGGGCGCGGCCGGCGCGCCACUCGCCAGCGCGCACGGCUCUUCGCAAGCAGCAGCAAAGCCUUCAGAGCUUAACAACCUUAAUUUGGUGAGAGCUUCGCCUGCAGGAGGGUCGUUAAAGCAACUGAACGUGCUUCCCGAGAUAUCCCCGGCACUAUUGGAUCUGCAGAGGGAAGCAGAGGUGGAGCAGGCUCUCCUGCCCAAUGGCACCACGGCCCAGCCCCGCGACUCCGCUCACGAGCCCAGGCUACCCGGCAGAUCUCUGGACUGAGAGCACAGACUGACCGCCACGUGCAAAUUAACAAACACCCUAUUACUUUUUUAAUUUUUUUUUUUUUUUUUGCACAGAGUAUAUAGGCUACUUACUUCUACCUCGAAUCUUGAACUGAUGGCCUGGCAAAGGCAACCAACUGAGGUAAGAGAAACAAGCUUGUAUGGGGAACAAACUCCUGUUCGAGCGUCACCUGAUUGUACAUAGUUUAAAACUUCCCUGAGAAGUAUGAAGUGUUCAAAAGUCAACUUGCAUAUGAAGCACAUAAAUGCAAGGGAUUAUUGUGUAAAGAGAAAAGUAUUUGAUACAAUUGUACAUAAGAGUUUUCAUAUAUAAAUAUAUAUAUUAAAAUAUAUAUAUAUAUCUUUUACAGAGGCUAUUUUAAUCUUUAGUGCAUGGAAAACUGAGUGAAAUUUUACAAUUUUGGCAAUAUUGUUUUCAGUAUCAGGUUGCUGUUAAACUUUGUGAGAGAAAUAAUUCUGGUGCCUUAAAUGCAUAAACAGAACUUCUAAAAGCCAGGCCGUUCCAAAGGGAUUGUCCUCUUUUCAGUGGGAGCUUCUUACACCAUGUACACUGGGACUGGGGCAAUCCCAGGUGCUGGAUGGAUGGAGAAGUGACCAGGAACAGCCCUGUGGAGAGGGACUUGGGGGUGUUGGCAGAUCAGAGGCAAGGAGUAAUGAGUUCAAACUGAAAAAAGGGGAAAUUUAGGUCAGAUACGGAAGAAAUUGAAAUUCUUCCCUGUGAGGGUGGUGAGACACUGGUACAGGUUGCCAGAGAAGCUGCAGAUGUCCCACCCUUGUGGAUGUUCAGGCUGGAUGGACCUCUGAGCCACCUGGACUAAUGAAAGGUCUCCCUGCCCAUGGUAGGGUGUUGGAACAAGAUCAUCUUUAGGGUCAGGACAGGCUGGAUAGGUGGGCUGAGUCUGACAACAUGAAAUUUAACAAAUCCAAGUGCCAGAUCCUGCACUUUGGCCACAACAUCUGUCUGCAGUGCUACAGCCUGGGGACGGUGUGGCUGGACAGUGCCCAGACAGAAAGGGACCUGGGGGUGCUGGUGACAGCAGCUGAAAGGAGCCAGCAGUGUGUCCAGGUGGCCAAGAAGGCCAGUGGCACCUGGCCUGUGUCAGGAAUGGUGUGGCCAGCAGGAGCAGGGAGGUCAUUCUUGCCCUGUACUCAGCUCUGGUGAGGCCACACCUGGAGUGCUGUGUCCAGCUCUGGCCCCUCAGUUUAGGAUGGACAUUGAGUGCUGUGUCCAGCUCUGUCCCCUCAGUUUAGGAUGGACACUGAGUGCUGUGCCCAGCUCUGUCCCCUCAGUUCAGGAUGGACAUUGAGUGCUGUGUCCAGCUCUGUCCCCUCAGUUCAGGAUGGACACUGAGUGCUGUGUCCAGCUCUGUCCCCUCAGUUUAGGAUGGACAUUGAGUGCUGUGUUCAGCUCUGUCCCCUCAGUUUAGAGUGCACAUUGAGUGCUGUGUCCAGUUCUGCCCCCUCAGUUUAGAGUGGACAUUUAGAUGCUUGAGCGCAUCCAGAGGAGUCAACGAGGCUGGUGAGGGGCUUGGAACACAAACCCUCUGAGGAAGGGCUGAGGGAGCCGGGGUUGUUCACCCUGGAUCAGCUGGGGGUGGGGCUCUUCUCCCAACCAGUGACAGGACAAGAGGACACAGCCUUAAGCUGCACCAGGGGAAGUUAAGGCUGGACAUUAGGAAAAAAAUCUUCACAGUAAAUGACUGGGCAGUGGAAUUGUGUGCCCAGGGAGGUGGCGGAGUCACUGUCCCUGGACGUGUUUAAAAAAAGACUUGAUGUGGCACUUAGCCAUGGUUUAGAUGAUAAGGUGGUGUUAGGUCAAAGGUUGGACUUGAUCAUCUCAAAGGUCUCUUCCAGCCUAAUCCUGUGAUUCUGUCCCUUCCAACCCAAGACAUUUUGUGAUUCAAUUGGGUUACUUAGUACAAAUUUCCUUCCCCUUGGAAAUUUAUUGUACUUAACACAUUUAAUAACAGAGAUCUUCAGUAAUGUCAGAUGAAAUUUAUAAAGAUAGGAUAGCAAUUACAUAGCAACCUGAUAUUUUCCUGUUGGUGGAAGAACUUAAAUUCCAUUAUUUUUCAAACUUUAUAAAAACUAAUAUUUGAACUGUGACUGUGUGAGACUUCAGAGUGGACCACACAGGAGGCACUAAAUAACUCUUCAACAGUGCAGAGCCCCAAAACAACCAGAGGAAAAGGCUGUUUUGAAGGGAAGAAGUUGUUACCAAAAUAAAUAGCUUGUGCAGUAAACCAGGGGUGGUCUCAUAACAGUGCCCCUCUCAAACACAUCAUCACAGGAGGUGUUACCUGCCGUGUGUGCUGGCACAGCACUGCGCACCACAGGCCCUUCCCCUGCCAAAGGGACCCAGCUCCACCUGUCUGAGGUGUGUGCAGUGAUCCAGCCUUGCUCUGCUCAGAGUAAAUAACUUGUGCCAGUGUAAUGCAUUUUCACACCCAAAAAACCACAUCUGUUCCGGGGGGUUGAAACCAUAGAGCUGUUUUGACAACAAAACUAAACUGUACUCCUAAGGGGACAGCUGUAUCACUAAUUCAUCCAAUACUUUUUCCCCCCCCUUUCAACACAAUAUUACACUUUGUAGUUGAACAGCCAGACUCUCAAUAUGAAAAUAUCACCUUCAAGUGAGUUAUGCUGCCUUGUGUAGCAAUUCUGGGCUAGUUAGAAAUAACACUCGCCUCCUGAGGAAAACUGUGGAUUCAUGGUUGAUGAGACUGCGAAAUGGAAAUGUCCCAAAUGUUUUUAUGUGGUCUUUUUAAGUUCCUCCAUUAAUGUGGGGGUAUGAAGAAAUGCCCACCUCAGUCAGACAGAUCUUUUGUCACUUCUGACUUCACAAUGAUGCUUUUUAUUUAUAGAAAGGUUGCUUUCUGUUGGUACCUGUGGAUGGAGGACUCCCAGUUCCUUGUGAUUAGAGUUCUGCUAACAUGAGGUUGCUGACUCUGGUGAUGACUACUUUGGGGCAGGUUUAGCCUGGUGGGGGGAGGUGGGGGGCUUUGUUACUUUUUCCCUUAGGAACAACUCAAAUACCAGUUCCACUGAGGCCGAGUCUGGGAAUCCACCUUUGCCAGGACUGUGUCAGAACGAGCAGCAGAGAGAAGGGCAGAAACACUUCAUGUUCACUUUAGAUCCACCACUGAGGGACCUGCCCCAGUGCUGCUGCACCUGUGGGGUUUCAGGGAGUGGCUGCAGGGUUUUAUUACAAGCUGGUCCUACCCAGCCUUAGCUUGAGGAGCCACCAGCUCCAUUAAGGGCAGGACCUCGGGGUCAGGGAGAGCAGCAGCUGCCCCUGGAUGAAGCCAGGCAUAAUUCAGCCAGUACCUGUCUGUCCCAGUCCCUGACUAUUGACACGUUUGCACUUUGAGACAGGUGGCGAAUUAUGUUGAGUGCCAAGUUUAUUCAAAGCAAAGGAAAUGUAUGUUAGAAAAUUAUAAACCGAGCACAGUUUUCCCUUCACUGAAGGGAAAAGUGCUCCAGAACCAGUUGGUGGAACCAGGGACACGGGGAAAGACGGGAAGGAAUCAAUGGGCUCGUUUUGCUGGCGGAAAUGUCAUCACCGGUGCGGAUACAAAGCGGAUUUGCCAUGUUAACAUUGAAUAUAAUGUUUCUGAAUAAAGUUAACUGCCUAAUGUUAUGACUUCCACUAAAUAUGUGAAUUUGCUGCUUCUAAGAGGCAAUGUGAAAGAGGAAGUAUUACUUUUGUGUACAAAUUUAUUUAUUUAUUAGAAAAUUUGGUACAAUGUUGUACAUUGAAAAACCUGUAAGAUAUUGAAGUGUCUAACAAACGGCAUUGAAGUGUCUUUAAUAAAGGUUCAUUUAUAAUAUUACGGCUGAUUUGUUGAGAGUGAGCUUUUGGGAGUUUCAGUUGAAAAUUAAAUAAAAUUCUAAUCCAUUGCUAAA